AUGGAUUCGGCUGCUCCUUCGCUCCCAUUAAAGGAAGUCAUCCCCUUUAUUGCCAAAUAUUUGGAAAAGGAGGGAUUACAAAAGACCUUGAAGGCUCUCACUAAAGAGGCCUCAAAUGUUGAUUCCUCUAUUGAUCUUGAAAAGGAGGUCACCUUUCCUCUUGAAGGAAUCUUCUGGUUAUGGAAGAAUAACAAAACUAUGGCCGACUUUCAACAAAAGGACGACAGUGGUUCUACUACUGCCUCUGUAAAGAGCGACAGUGAUUCAGAUUCCGCGUCUGAUUCAUCUAGCUCUGAUUCUGAUUCUGACUCUGACUCUGACUCUGAAUCUGGCUCUGGUUCUGGUUCUGACUCUGACUCUGGCUCCGACUCUAGCUCUGACUCCGACUCUGACUCCGACUCUGACUCCAGCUCUGACUCUGAUUCCGACUCGGACUCUGAUUCAGACUCUAGCUCCGACUCUGAUUCUGACACCAAGGCCGAGUCCAAGGCCGAGUCCAAAUCCAAGUCCGAUUCUUCUGACUCUGAAUCCAGCUCUGAAUCAUCAGACUCCGACUCUAGCUCUGAUUCCAGCUCUGAUUCCAGCUCUGAUUCCAGCUCUGAUUCCGAUUCGAGCUCCUCCGACUCUGAUUCUUCCAGCUCUUCUGACUCGAGCUCCAGCUCCGAUUCUGAUUCCGACUCCGACUCCGACUCUGACUCUGAGUCUGAGACCGAGGAAAAAUCUAAAACCUCUAAGAAAAGAUCUAGAUCUGACUCGUCAUCGUCAUCGUCAUCAUCUUCUUCAUCUGACUCAGACUCGAGCUCUUCCAGUUCCGAUGAUGAACCUUCCGCCAAGAAGGUCAAGGGUGACGUAAAGAUCGAGAAAAUCGAAACAGUCGUCGAGGUUGUCUCUUCUACACCAUCAUCCAACGCCAGUCCUGCUCCUGGUGAACGUCAAUACUUUUCUAGAAUCGACCGAUCUAAGAUCAGUUUUGAAGACCACGUUCUGACUGACAACACUUACAAGGGCGCAGCUGGUACCUGGGGAGAGAUGGCUAAUGAGAAAUUGGGUCGUGUUAGAGGUAAGGAUUUCACCAAAAACAAGAACAAGAUGAAGAAGGGUAGUUACAGAGGUGGCUCUAUCACCAUGGCCACUGGAAGUUACAAGUUCACUGAUUAG